AUGGACCCAAAUUCUGAACGCACACUCACUGAAAAUGAUAUUGUUGGUGUUGGAAACGAUGUGAGCCAAAUUGAAAAUGGUUGUGUAUUUCGAUUAUUAAAAGUAGACGAAAAUGUGAAUACGGAUAAUAUUACAACCCUUGAAAUGAAAUCAUUGAAUGGAAAAAGCCAAGCCAAAAGACCAUCUAAUUGGGAUAAUAUGAAUGAAAGAUCUAGUAAAAAAUUAAAAACGAAUUUAAAUGGUCAAAAUGAAAACAAUGAAUUUCCGUCAACAUCAAAAUCUGAUGAAAAUAAAAUUGAAACCAAUGGAAUAAAAAUUGAAGCGAUUGAUGAAAAUAGUGUAGAUAUGUUCUCAGAAAAUCCCAUUGAAAAACAUCAAAUAAAAACGGAAAAUAUUACUAUCUCAUCUUUAUUGGAUUCUGAUGAGGAAGAAAAUGCAUACAUAGAUAAUAACUAUGUACCACCAAAACAUGACGAUGACUAUAUUAUUAUAUCAAGUGACGAUGACGACGACGACGAAGAAGAAGAUAAUCCAUGGUUAGAAAGAUUAUCACAAAGAUCUAAUUAUUCACCUCCACCACUAUCUGAUUCUUGGGCUGAAAAAGAAGGUGGGGAAAAUAAUGAAUGGUGGCCGGAGCUCUCACAAAAGUUUUUAGAUGAAAUCAACCAGGAGGAUGAAACACCAGACCCAAAUAAGGUUCAUGAUAAUAUCAAAACUUCAAAGGAGCCUGAUAAAAAUUCGAAUAACAUUGAGCUAAAAGAAUGUAGGAUAACAAUUCAAGAUGUAAAUAAAUGCUUUAAAAAUAACGAAACUCUUAAUUCGAUUGUAAAUAAUUUACGAAAAGAACGUCCAGCUAUUAAAAAAAAAGAUGAUCCGAAUAGUGAAUUACGAAAACAGCGAUUAAAGGAGUUAGCCAUUGCAAAAUCGAAUAAAUCCGAACAGUCACCAAAUACUGAUCACAAAGAGAAAAUGAAACCAAAAGUUAAAUGUACAACAAGAAAUCGUAGUGACUUAUUUACAGCUGAAAUAUUAAAAACAUCAGAUAAACCAGCCACGUGUAUCUCAAAAUCUACUGAAAAAUUAUCAGUUGGUAAACCUUCCACAAAAAAUUCAAAAUCUAAUGACAAAAUACCCACGUUGAAAAGUACAGAGAUAUCACAUAAAUAUCCAAUUAGAGUUAAAUCGAAUGAUAAAUUAUUACCACCCACAAUAAAUUAUAAUGAAAUUAUUGGGAACAAUGAUUCCAUAAAAAAAUUACCUUCAUUUAAAAAGAAGGAGAUUAUUCAAAAUACUGAAACGAAUAAACAAACAUCAAAUAAAAAUAAAUCCACAAAAAGGGUUUCAUUUAAUUUGACACCUAGUAUAAGACUUUUUACUCGAGAGAGUCAUGAAGAAGCUCCGCCAUUCUUUUUGUUUCGUGAUCGACGAUAUUAUUUAUGA